AGCCGGGAAGCAGCUGAGGACAAAAUGAACAAAACAAAAUACUCACAAAUCGCACUGAAAUAACGGUUUGACAUUUUAAAAAAUUAAGUAAAUAUUUGCCCCCUAAACUGACUUUUAAUUAUUUUAAUGUGUCUACGUCGACUUCAUCGUCACAAAAGCGACACCCACGUUAAUACUAUAAUAAUUCUGCGGUAAUUUAAUUUCGGUGGGUGGGUGCAGAUCUAAAUUUUGUCACAGUCAUUUUACCUCAGCAUCUUUCUCUACACCUUGUAUCAAAAAUACGAUCGAGUGGACAAAAUCCGGUGGGAAGGGGGGGGGGGACCUUUCAUUAAGUUUUCGGCGGAAGUUGGCUUCUGUAAAAACAUGGAGAAGGUGGACCAGAUCGUGAUUAAGGAGGAGGAAGAGGAAGACGAUGGCGAAAUUGGCAGGCGGAUUAACGACGACGGUGCUUAUGGAGAAGUUGAAGGGAAGAAGGACUGGGUUAAUUUUGAUGGGGCAACGUCCAUGAAAGAAUUGGAUUGCGAAACUAUAGUUAAAGUCGAAGGUGUGGCUGAAAAUCAGGAGGCGGAAGAUGUCUGUCCCAUGCUCCACUUUGAAGAGGACUUUCGUCUCGGGGAGGAGAUUUAUCCCGAGGAGGACUUAUCCGAAGUGGGGGAGGAUCCGUUAAGGAUUGGAUCCGACCUGGGUUUCCAUUCUUCUGCGAUGGAUAAUAGCCAAGAUAAGAAAGCCAUAAAACGGAGCAAGACACUUGUUGAGGUUGUUCGUAGUAAAAGGCUUCAAGGUGGACAAGUUGAGGUUCAAGAGAGUGAGGUUUCCUCUCCCCCAGUAAAAUCUACCAUUGUCCCAAACCCCCAAAAACAAGAUGAACCUUCCUACAUCACCCCCGCCGAGUACACGCCCUCCUGGACCUGGCAAGACUUCCUCACCUGGCGAACCUCCCUGCUCGACGAGGGCAUCUCAUCCCCAGAAACUAUCCCUCCUUUAACCUGGCUGGUCAACACCUACAAAAUCUCCGCCUUUCCCUGCCCCCGCUGUACCCGAUUUUACCACACCUUCGGCACGUGGUUCCGCCACGAGGCGCCCUGCGAAAAACGGUGCGCCCAACCCGGUCACAAAUGCCCCGAUUGUGGCUUCAGUUUCACGCAGGGUAGAUUCCUGGAAACGCACGUGCGCCGAUCCCACAUGCCCCUCGAGUUCUUAACGUGUACCGGAUGUGGGGUAAUUUUCGAUGAGUUGAAGGCCUUCAACGAGCACGUGGCCAAGGAGAGCACGUGUCUGGAAAAGGCGAUCCUGUGCAAAGGGCGGGGUUGUAAGAGGAGGGCCUAUUUCCAGACGAAGGAAGCCUUCGAACUGCACGAGAAGACUAAACACUGCCCCAAGGAUUUAAGACCCUUCGUGUGUGAAAAAUGUGGAGAUAAGUUCUCCUCGACCGGGAUACUGAAGGACCACGUGGGUAAAAAACACAUGUCUGAAAGCGGACACGUGACUCCACAGCGCGACAUUUCAUCCGCCGGCGCACGUCCUCCGCGCACCUACUCGCGCGCUGUCAAAAAAGCAGCGGAAAAGCCUCCCGAUUACCGUUUGCCGCCGUGCGACUACUGCGCUCACGGCGGGCGGAGCGCGCUCCACUAUAAAGAUGCCCACCACGACAUGUGCGUUUUUGACGUGGGGCCGGAUGGGUCCGAGGUGUUGCGCGGGUAUCGCUGUCCGCGAGAAAAUUGUGACCGCGAAGGAAGGCUGCUUGUGGGCAUUAGCGCGAUGGCGUAUCAUAUGAAGGGUGAUUGCAAAAUGAAACGGAAAAAAAUUAGCUAAUUUUUGAAGUUAGGAUGGAAAAUUUUUAGUAAUAAAUGUGGAUGAAACCAACAUUUCCAAAAUUUGUGGUAAAA